UGGGCAGACUUGUUCUUGCACACAUCAGCUGAUAUUUAAUUAACAAAAUGAGUGCUUGCGCUGCGUAUUUUAUUGAAAGGUCCUAGUACGACUGAAAUGGCGCGUACAACAAAUUUCGGAGACGUAAAUUUUAAUUGCCUCCUGCUUAUAUUCAAAUUCGUGAAUAAUUUAGAAGACCAAAUUAGACUAGCACUGUGCUGCCGGCGAUUUCGUGAUGCGUUUGUUUACAUUCACCGUCAGCGCUUUGUCGAAAUUGUCGACAGUGAUAUUAAACUUAAGAAUAUUGACGAUUGGCGUGCCUUUUUGUGGAUGUGUGGCUCUAAUAUAAAAAAGCUGCACUCCUUUUACGAUGACGAUCAUCCCUUGCAGCUACUGCCACUGGUGGCCAGGUUUUGCAACCGCUUGGAGUGCCUUACUCUCCAAAACGCUACCAUAGCUAAGUCACAACCAUAUCUGCUUCAGUUGACAACGCUUAAGAAGCUUAAUGUAAGCAAUUAUAAAUGCACCAGCAAAGAUCUAAUCAAAUGCAUGAAGGAGAGAUUGCCAUACAUUCGUAGUAUUGGCCUGGACAGUCCAUUUGAUCGACGGGAGUUACUGGAAUUGCGUCACUUUAUUGAUUUGGAGGAGUUGCAGAUAUAUGAUGAAUUGACACCCUCGGACUUUAUUGUUAUUAUCAAGCCCAUGCGCAGCUUGCGCUCACUGCAACUGCGUAAUGCUAAAAGAUUCUUGACCACAAGCACAAUCAAGCAAUUAGCCAUAAAUUGUCAUAAGCUAGAGAAACUUUCAUUCUUUGACAGCGACGCUGACCUUACGGCUCUCUCACUUUUUGAGCAUCUUCAAUAUCUGCAAUUAUGCUGCCCUGACAAUCAAAAGACACUUCUAUUUAAGGCGCUGGCUCGCAAGAAUGGAUCCCCCUUAGAGUAUCUUAUACUGCAGCGUAAAAGCUGGAUAAACGAAGAGCAGGCGCAAUACAUUAGUGCAAUGAAGUGCCUUAAAUGGCUUGUUUGCAAGCCACGCAAUGAUCGCUGCGUAGAGCAUUUAUCCAAGUUAAUGCAGCUGGAGUGCCUUUCCCUGCAAUGUGCUCGGGAUAUUGGCGAAACUUCUUUGAUGAGCUUGAUUCGCAAUAAUGAUCAGCUGCGGUAUUUAAAUAUUUGUUAUUGCUUAGGCAUAACCGACGCCUUCAUUGUUGACAUGCUGGACUAUCUAUCAAAGAGACGAGCACAACAGCCCUUGGAGCUAUAUGCGGCUGUCACAGAUAUAAGACGCGAAAUAAUGCAAAGAUUGCCUGCCGAUUAUGCGUCCAAAUCUUUAUGUCUUUACUUUGAGUGCAGUCAAGGCAUCUGUUCUAAUGAACAUUUUUAUAAUGAUGAACCUGAGUUUGAACGGUAGACAACGAAUAUUUUAAACAUACCAAAAUAUCACUUUAUAUUAAAAUACGUACACUCCUUUUUAUAUAAGCAAUUUUAUU